GAUCUGCUCCUUCUGCUCCACGUUCCGCCAGCCGCUGCGUCUCCCGAGCUUCUCGCGAACGAAGCCAUUCUGGGCGCUUCGAGCGGUGACACGACCCAUGUCGAAUUGCUGGCCGAACUGCACUUCAAGUUGGCGCGCGAGCACCCGACGGCCAAAAUGGAAAAAAUGGUGCAAGACUGGGAGAAGACUUUGGCCAGGAAGCUGCAGGAAAACUGGAGGAAGGAGUUCACGGCCAAUCCGAUGGCUGGUGGCGUGAAGAUCUUGGAUGCGUUGUGUCAUUGGAAGCUCGAUACUUGCGCGGAGAUCCACAAGCACAUUGCAACGCUGCAGAAAGAAAACGACAACGAGGCGAUUAUGCGAUUGCGAGCUGGGGAGAUUGGUACGGAUGAUAAUGGCGUUUCGUAUUGGUACUUUGAUGACGGAUGCUGGAUCUACGCGGAAGACAAACCUAGAUGGCAGCGUGAGGAACGGUACGAUUCGGCCUUAGAAAACCGUCGUAUUUCGUGGAGUUUGCAAGCGCGAAACGCAUUCGGUUAUCGAUUAACUUUGAUCCGGACCAUAAUUCUUCGGCCCCACCCCUUCGCUUGCCUUUGA